GGCAGUAAUGAUUGGUGCACUAUGUGCGUCAGAGAAAUAAGUCACUCUCAAGUUGCCCGUGGACAUCCAAAACAAGCUUAAUUACUCCUGUAGUGCGCAUGCGGCAAUGAGGGAAUAUGAAGCAAUGAUUUCCCCAAAGGAAGACCUCUGGAGAGACUAACAAAAGGCAUCAAAGUGGAAGCUCAGUGAAAAGCAUGGACACUCGACUAGAAUGCAUCUUCUUUAGCGAGUUUCACCCUACUUUGGGUCCCAAAAUAACAUAUCAGGUCCCAGAGGAAUACAUUUCAAGAGAGCUCUUUGACACAGUUCAGGUUUAUAUUAUUACUAAACCAGAGCUGCAGAACAAAUUAAUAACAGUCACUGCGAUGGGCAAGAAGUUAAUUGGGUGUCCAGUUUGCAUAGAACAUAAGAAGUACAGCCGCAACGCCCUCCUCUUCAACCUGGGCUUUGUUUGUGAUGCGCAAGCCAACACCUGUGUCUUGGAGCCAAUUGUCAAGAAGCUCUCUGGCUAUCUCACAACUCUGGAGCUGGAAAGUGGCUUCAUCUCCAAAGAGGAGAGCAAACAGAAACUUCUGCCUAUCAUGUCCACCUUGUUGGAAGAGCUCAACGCGACAGGAGCCUGUACCUUACCCAUAGAUGAAUCUAACACCAUCCACCUAAAGUUGAUCCCCCUACGAAAGGAUCCCCUAGUGGUCCAGGAGUACGAUGUUCCUGUCUUUACCCAGAGCAAAGACCACUUCAUUCAAUCCCAAUGGGAUCUUACCACUCAGCAGUUGAGAGAGAGAGAGAGAGGAUGCAAAUCACUGCUGAGAUGGAUAUCAGAAAGUUAUUCCCCCGCAGCAGGGAAGAAGCAACGAGAAAUGACAGAUAUUCUGCCCUAUAUUGACGGCUUUCGACAUGUCCAGAAAAUCUCAGCUGAAGCAGAUGUGGAGUUGAAUAUCGUUCGUAUUGCUGUGCAGAAUCUCCUGUACUAUGAUUUGGUGACUUUAGUGUCCAUAUUUCAGUAUUCCAACGUGUACUGCACCACCCCCAAGGUGCAGAGUUUGAUGGAUGACAAGCUUAUCCAGGAGGACUGUCUCACCUACGUCACCAAGCAAGGCCAGAAGCGUGCCAGUCUGAGAGACGUCUUCCAGCUGUACUGCGGUCUGAGCCCGGGAACCACGGUCCGAGACCUUUGUUCCCGUUACUCGCAGCAGCUGCAGAGAGUUGACGAGAGGAGGCUGAUUCAAUUUGGGCUGAUGAAGUCUCUCAUUCGGCGACUGCAGAAGUAUCCGGUCAAGGUGUUGCGUGACGAGAAGAGCAGGCCUCCUCGCCUUUAUACGGGCUGUCACAGUUACGAUGAGAUCUGCUGCAAGACAGGGAUCAGCUACAAGGAGCUGGAUGACCGCUUGGAAAAUGAUCCCAACAUCGUUGUGUGCUGGAAGUGAGAUCACAUUGUGCUCCUCAAGAAUAGUUCUAGACACAUUUUUAGCAGGUGGGCCAAGGUAGAGCGCAUUGAAACAUGGCAACAAAAGAUAUUUAAGUAUAUGAACACGAAAUGAACAGAUCCACAAGGUACAACAUUAUGAUUGUUUCCCUAUUCAUGGAAUUCCCACUUUAUUGUGUACAGUUUACGUCCACAAAUGACUUAUGUCCACACUUUUGCAUGUACUGAAAACUCUACAUUGCUCAUGUUUGCCUUUUUUUAGUGUCUGCGGGCAUUUAGUGUGUUAAAAUGCUGCAAUUCACUUCUCAUCUGAGAAAAGUAUCCAGGAGCUUCAAUAGAUCCAGAACAUCCUUGCCAGCAUCCUGCUUACCUCUUUCUCGUCCUGUCUUGUUUAACUUUAACUUUCUUGUUGCCUCUUUUUGCACCGCUCUCCAACAAUGGAAUUGAUCCUCUCAGCAAAAUUAACAAGGUCUCGGGUUUAGGGGAACCUGUUUGUCUUGUCAGAAUGUUUUUUGCUGGACACACGGCGGAUUCUUGGGAGAAGAGGAGUUCUGCGUGCCUGCCGACCCUUUCAGUUGAGGACGUUGACGAUAUUUAUUUGGAACCAUGAUAACAGGACAUCUGCUAAUUGGAGUAAGCGUUGCCUGAUGCUGGAAGCCAUUCAAAGUACCCCGAAGCUGCCAGAAAUCAUUGGAGGAUGCUCAGACUUGGAAGACAUCGGACCGUCUGCCCCUGCCCCUUAGGAGCCCAGUUUGAGAUUGACUUUUUUUUUUUUCCCCCAUCCUAACUCAGCGUUUGUUCCUGUAUGAUGUUUGUUUGUCUAAUCAGGAACGGAUAACACUCACACCCUGGACAAUGGGCAUAAGCACACACCCCCCCCACCACAUGCCACCGCUUAAAGCCCUUAGGGGUGAUGGACAGCUGAGCAGUGCUUAGAUAGCAGCAUCCUGCCACUGUUGCUCGCCCCCUUUCCUCCGCCAUUGCAAGUUUUGUGGUGUCUGUGUAACAUGUUUUUGUGUGCUGGUGGCUAUCCACCUUUUCACCACCUUUAAAUGCCGUCAAAUGUGGCAGACCUAACAUCGUUUUGGUUCUGUCUUCCUGUACAAUGCAUGUCUGCUCUUAAACGAGAUUGUGCUGAAAACCCAAAUUUCUCCCAUGGGAUUAUCUAUUAAGUAUUUCAGACUUUUGAUUAUGAUCUUGAUGAGGGUGCGCAAAUACAACCACAUUACUAUUACUAUGAAAUUUCCUCACUGGCUUCUUAUUCGAUUCCAGAAUCAAAAACAAGGUCCCCCUACUUUUGUACCUCCAGGAACUCCUCACUCAGACUCCACACGUUCCCUCUACCCUACAUCCACAUACUCCCACCAAGGUGUCUGGGCCUUCCUCUGCUGAAUGCCCCACAGACUACAGCUGCCUUUAAACAAAACUUAAAAACCUGUCUUUUUAAGAAAGCAUUUUGCUAUAAAGUCCCUGUAGGUACUCCCUACAACUUUAGGUUUUUGCUCGACAAUACUUUUUACUAUUAGUUUAUAAUCACAUAUUUUCUCAUUUCUUUUCCACUCUAUAGCACUUUGAAAUUCCAGAAAUAUAGUGUUAUAAUUUUUUGUGAAUAAAUAAAAAAAGUGUGUGGUAAAUAAAAGAUUACCCUGGAAUAA